CACACCAGUCAGUCGCCCGGGUGACGUGUGUAUGAUGUGAGCCAGAGGUGGCGGCGGCAAAUCAUCAGAAGGGACCAUUCACCAUUCAGAUAAUUGCGACUCGCUCACUGACGACUGCCUGGCACGGGUCCCUCUCAAUCGCGACCGGAAAGAGUAGGCAUAGCGAGUCUUGCUGCAUUUCCUCAUCUCUACGAUCGUCACUUCGAACAGCAGCGUUCUUCGGCUUGUCUACUUCCACCCUCAAAGAUCGCUGAAACCAUGUCAAAAGCAGCUGCAUCGCAAUCCGGCCUAGCAGGAGGUACCUCAAAAAGCAACGGUCAAGGUACGCGGGGCGUCUGCUUGUUGGAAUUGCCCAGCGUCAGAGCAGAGCAAAGAUUCGAGAAGGAAGUGAUUCCGCUUGCCACUGGCACGCUGCAGCUUCUUGUCCUUACUCUCAACAUCGACAGCCCGUACGGUGCUCCUCCUGGUAGCGAGAAGUCUUUGCAAGACACCGAUAUUUGGCUUGUGCUCUCCAUCGGCAAUGACUUCUCGCUGCCCAUCCCAUCAACGCAGCGAGUGUUUCCCGACCGCAGCUCGGCAUCUUACAACUUUCCCCAACCGGAUACUGGAGCCUCCAUCCGCAUCUACCUCUCUUCGCACGAUGCCGCCUCUCAUGGGCUCAGAGACGCUUUCGAGGAUGUGCUGGCCCAAUACUGCGCAUUUGCGUCGGAUGACAGGUCCGAUGCGGGCCAGAUCGAGUUGCUAGACGAGCAUGGGCAAGUGAUGGGCACUCUCGAGGGCUCAUACAACUUCAAAGAGGACUCCAGCCUUUCGGCUGUGGGAGCUGAGAAGCAGCCAGUCCUUGUCGAUCUCGAAGACCUCUCAUCGGCCGCAAAUGGCACGGGUAACAAGAAGGACGUGGACGUCCGACCUGCUCCAAGAGAGUUUCAGGACGAUUGGCUGCUGAAGGGGGCCAACUACAUCUCGAGAGGUAUCGUGAACGGAUCUACCUUUCUUGGUGGUAAAUUGCAAGGCGCGGCCUCUUCUUACGUGGAACGCACGGCAAAGCCUUCUGCAGAUCUCCCACCACCGCAUACAGGUGCCCAGCUUUCAGCGGAUGGCACGCAUUUCGAAUCCCUUCCUGGCCAGCCGGUUUCUGGCCUUGAGCGGUCGGGAACCACCGCUUCGACGAGCGGCAACUACACCACUUCGGGAAAGGUCCCUUUGACUUUCAACUCUCACACGCAUGCGGCCGCGAAAGGCGCACACAAUUGGACGGGCAAAGUGGUCAACGUAUCGGCCGCUACUACUAAUGCGAUCUUGAACAAGGCAGGAGCUCUGGGGUCCAGCAUUGGCAAACGCACAGGUAUCCAGUCCAAGCCAGGUGGUCCACCUCCUACCGGCUGGAGGGGAGCCAUCAACAGAAGCCUGAUAGCGGCAAAUAUGGUGAUCGAUGGGCUCGAGCAAGGAGCCGAGAGAUUAAUUACGGAUACCGGAGAGGCUACGGGAAAGGUGAUUGAGCACAGGUAUGGGUCGGAAGCCAAAAUUAUUGGCGGUCAAGCAGGCAGCAUUGGCAAGGGUUGUUUUGCGGUCUACAAAGAUAUUUCUGGCGUGCGUCGCAAAUGUCUGCUUCGAGUGGCUGGAGGAACCUUCAAAGCGCGGAUGGAUGAUGGUAGAGAGAUCGUAAUGGCUGUUGAGCCUGCGGGUGCCCCCGGCAGCACCAGUGGCGCCAGCACUCACAAUCCAGCCGGCGGAAGUUCGAGCUCGAGCGCGCCUCCCUUACCCAGCAAAGAGAAUCUCCACGCUCCACCUGCCUACUCAGCUCCGGCGCGUGGAUCUUACGCUACUGAAAAGGAUGUCAAGAAGUAAUGCUGGUUGGCAUGCAUCACGACAAUCCUGGCGCGUGAUUGGUGUUCACCUGCAGAAAUUUUGACAACACUUUCAGAACGCAAACAAUUGUGAUGCUGGCGCCUGUAGCCCAGGGGGUGGCCGAGUCUCCUCCACCUGAUGGAUCUGCACGUCUGCAAGUGUUGCUAUAUAUACGAGUGUCAAAGUCUCAGUUUCGCCGCGCGUGUGUAGCCUAGCAGUAUCAGGGGGACGCCUCGGAUACUGCGUGGCUCCAGGCGGGCGGUAAAGUACGAACCGAACGCCGGGGGUUCGACGCCUGACGGUGGCAAGCGGACGCGCGAACCACUUUCAGACUCGAACGCU